AUGCCUCCCGUUGUCUGGCACAAUUUUACAUACAUAGUCUGCGACGAUAGCAAAGACGUCCAGCUCCGACCUCCUGCCGUUGUCUUCUCGUCGCCAAAGUUUCAAACAUGCCAUCCUGCCCUGAUGGAGGCCGAUUCCAACAGCUUUGCGUCGUCCCCUACGUCCACCAAUACAGCAGACACACCUGCAGGGGCGAAUACAGUAGCUUCUGCUGCGCAGGGUCUCCAUACACUCUCUGGUAGCGUGCCAACAGUAAAUGCAGCGGCCCAGUCAGUAAUCCAUGCUGUUACAUCUCCUCCAAAGUCAAACACUGCCGCAAUUGCUGGAGGUGUAGUGGGAGGCAUCGUCGGUCUAGCUCUUCUACUUGCACUUCUCACCAUACAUCGUCGCUGGCGAACCACUCGACGACUGCAAGAUAUGGGUGAAGGGAGAUCACCGACAUGGGGCUCGGGGAAUGCUCGUUCCUUGCAACCCGGUGAAGCUGAGCUGGAGGAGAUGAAGCAAGGGCCUUCUCCAACAUCUUCAACUUUGCUUCCGCCUUCGCCUUUACCCUCGCCUUUACCGCCGCCACCUGCCUACACAGCAUACAGAUCGCACGGCAAUGAGCUAGAUAGGUCAUCCAACCUUUCCCAGCCAUCCGCUAGUUCUCCGUAUCCCUCUCACGACCUUGUGUCUCCAGAGUCGCCACCUUCGCCUCCGCCGCUGAAAACUCGCCUUUCCCAACAUUCAGCAGAUCAACACUCGGACGAACGGAGCGUGUCGCCGAUAUCAUCACACUACCAGCAUCAACCAUCUGAUGAGACUGGAGGCCCGGAGUCGAGUAUGUACUCGGAGUUCUCGUCAAGCGAAAUGCUCCACACUCACAGCAUGCGACCAUGA